AUGAUGCUAAACAUCUCAAGCAGUUCAUGGCCCAUCCAGAGUUUGGUGAUCGUCGCGAAGGAGUCUCUAGUGCCAGAACCUAUUUCUAUACUGAUGAGAGGAAAUGUGACGAUAACUUAGAAACAUUGAUGGAGUGUAUUCGUGUUGCUGGUGCCACCUCAGAUGAUGGUUUUUGUGCAGUGAAACUGACAGCAUUAGGAAGACCACAAAUCUUGUUAAACUUGUCCGAGGUGAUAGUCCGUACUCGUCAGGUGUUUCUUAGGAUGUCUGGUCAAGAAGAGAACCCGACUGUAGACCUCAUGUCUCAUCGCUUGACCGAGGACCAGUUCACACAUGAAUUAGAAACCAUGGGUAUAACAUCUAGGGAUGAAUCAGGUGUGUGGUUUACCUGGAUCGAUGACGAUAAAGACGGGUGGAUUGAUCUUUUGGAUUGGGAAUGUCUUGUGCAACCAGAUCUCAAGCUCUCAAAGAUCCUCAAAGCUCCAAGGAUAGAGGGUGACAAGUUGGAACUGCUUCAGUUUAUUCUGACAGAGGAGGAGGAACAACAAACCAAGCGUAUGUUACAGAGGGUCAAUGAACUAGCCAAGUGUGCGAGAGAUAAGAAUGUUCGUGUGAUGGUGGAUGCAGAGCAGACAUACUUCCAGCCAGCUAUCAGUAGACUUACCAUAGAAAUGAUGAGAAAGUUUAAUCGUGAGAAGCCUGUCAUCUACAACACAUAUCAGUGCUAUCUCAGGCAUGCCUAUAAUUGCCUGAAAGCCGACAUGGAACUUGCCCGUAGGGAAGGGUUCCACUUCGGUGCCAAGCUGGUCAGAGGAGCCUACAUGGACCAGGAACGCAAACGCGCUGAGGACAUAGGCUAUGACGACCCCAUCAAUCCGACCUACGAAGCUACCAAUGAGAGCUACCAUAGAUGUCUAGACAUGGCACUGGAUACUAUAAAGACACGGGGUCAGACAAACAUCAUGGUGGCAUCACACAACCAGGAUACAGUGAGGCAUGCCGUACAAAGGAUGGAGGAGCUUGGUAUUGGUCCUAAGGAUAGAUUAGUCUACUUCGGUCAGCUCUUAGGAAUGUGUGAUCAAGUUUCUUUUCCUCUUGGUAAGAUGGGGUAUGCAGUUUACAAGUACGUACCGUAUGGUCCUGUGGAUGAUGUUCUACCAUAUCUAUCCCGUAGAGCGCAGGAGAACAGCGGGUUGCUCAAAGGUGUUACUCAAGAACGGAAGCUUAUGAGGCAGGAAUUGACAAGGAGAAUCACAACGGGACAGUUGUUCCAUAAACCUUGAUUGUCAAAAGUCUUUCCCUAGGAUACAGUCAUAGUGAUAAAUUCUUCAUUUGCUUUCUGUCUCUAUUAUUAAGAGCCUCAUCGUGUACAUUUCCAUUCUGAUGUGAUAUGGUAUUGUGCCCUCUGAAUGUUUCCUUUAGAUUAUAAUCUGUAUGUCAUGUGUUUUAUUUAUUUCAUAUUUAAAAUCAUGUGCUUCUAACAGAUCAUUUUAUUGUUGUGCAACGUCUACCCAGUGUGUUUUAUGUGAGCCUGUGGAAGCUGAAAGUUGAUUUUUUUUACCUUCGCUCAAGUACCAUCCAAAAUGAUCCAUUGUACAGCUUAUCAAAAUUGCUGGUAACUACACCUGUGAAAGGAUAUUCACUUUGUUUCUUCCUGAUGUCACACGUGGCUUAUCAGCAAAUUUUAUUGCAUUUGGGAAUUCUGUUCCCAUUCCCAAACAUUUGAUUUCUUUACAAACAAUUAAUUUUUAGGGUUAAUAAACGCCAUUAUGCCAACUCCCUCAAUCAAUGUAAGACCUUGCUAAAGACCCACUUUUUUAAUGUCUAGAUAUUCCACUCUGUCUAUCAGUUGUGGGAAGGUCUCUCUUGAGGUGCACAUCUUUAUUUUGUUUCAUUUUCUGUUUUUGUUUAUUAAGAUCACAUUUUUAUUUUUACAACUCCGGUAGUUAGUUAAAAGACAGAAAAUAGAGUGCUUAGAGACAUCCGUACUAAGCGCCUUACAAAUAUUAUUAUCAUUAUUAUUUAUUUUCAUGAAUAACUCAACUUCUUAGGGCGUAUAAUGGCAUGAAAUUUGAAUUCAUUGAAAUAAAAGUCUUUUAAACUUGGCUUUACCUCAGAAUGAUUUAUUCACCUUAACUUCCACUUGUUAUAUAGAUCGAUCACUUAAGUUUUGUACCACUGCUCCAGUGAAAUACUCUGUUUUUUAAAGGGCUCACAAACAUUUGAAGGAUGCCAAUGUACAAAAACAGCAAAGUCCAAGAUUUACAUUUUAGGUGGCAAUAGUGUGCAAAGCAUGCACUUAAAGCCCAGCACACACUAUGCAACGUGAUUGCACUAAUAUCCAACUGCAACAAAAUUGCUAAGUGUGCGACAACCUGCAACGUGCUGCAACUGUGAUUCGAUUUGUUGCAGAAGUAUCGCAGAUCAAAUCUCAGACAUUUGGCAUGUAAAAUCAUUCUACAAUUCUGCGAUUUUGAUAGUUUGAGCCAAUCAGAUUUGCCCUAAAUGACGACAUCACAACCAAUUUGCUGUGCUGAUGCAGCGCAGAUAGUGUGUAAAAUAGGUGGUGCCAUGGAGAUGUAGUGCGUUGCAGCAGUUGCAAUGUGUGUGCUGGCCUGCAAUGCGAUUGCACCGAGAUGCGAUUGGCAUGAAGAGCACAAUAUAAUUGGAAACAUACAAUGUUUUCUGCUUAUCAUUAACCAAGCACAGAGUUUGACAUCUACAUUUGUUUCACUAUAUUGGAUAGAAUGAUCAUUUUUGUUUUCUUCUUUUUACUAUUCAAGAUCUUCUUGAAAAAAUUCUCUAAACUUUUUGUACUUUGAAAAAUAGAAUUGGUUUUCUCUUUGAGUAUAUCAUAUUAUAAAGGUUGAUUGUCCAUUCAUGAUGAAUAAAGCUGCUUGAUAUUCAUUCACUUAAUAACAGUUUAUUAAGGACCGAGUGAUAAUGUUGACAUUUUCCAGCUGUUUAUUCAUGUGAAAAUUGUAACCCCAACUUUUUUUUUUUUACUACGCAUCACUUAUUAAGAACAGAAGCAUGUUUUACCUGAAAUGAUACAAGGCUCUUUUCAUGGCUGACAUUCUUGGAAAUAUGGCUUAUUUAUUCAGUUUUAUAUUUAUUUUGUGAACAUAUUCACUUCACAGACAGCUAAAAGUAGUUUAGUAAUGGUGGCAUAUAUUAAAAGCAUCAUGCUAAUCUUUACAUUUUUUUCUUCCAAUUCUGAAUGUAUAUAAAAAAUAUUUUUUGUUUCAAAAUUUUCAAGUGUCACCUUGUCUUUUGCUUAUAGUGAGCAUAUACACAUAGGUUGAGCCACCUUCUGGCCAGCCUCAGUCCACGUAUCGACGUAUGUGUAUCUUGGCCUUUAAUAGGAAACUUCUAUAAAGUAUAUACCUGUCAAUAUAGUGUUAGGAUCCAUCCUUCACCUUUCGAUCUCAGCUUCCCAAAUAUAUGUCACUUAUUAAUGACAAUUAUCAGUAAGUUCUGAUUACAGAUUGUCAAUUCCUUUACUGACAAAUGCUCUACAAUGUGAAUACACUUUUGUGAUCUACUUUCUACUACCUCUUGUUUGAAAAUGUGCCUUUCAGCAUUAAUUUUCAAAUAGAUUUGUUUCAACACCAAUGGCUUUGUGUUAUCAUCAUGUGUGCUGUAUAUCAUAGCCGAUAACAUUAGUAUGUAGCAAUAAGAACACUCUUUGGUAGAGAAAUAAAAUUGAAUAUGAAUAAUGUAUGAGGAAUGGAAUUGUGUCAGUUGUAAAACAAAUAUUGUUAUUGUGGUUAGCUUUUAUAUAUCAAUGGACAUAGAACUGCUUUGAAUUUUUUGUAUAUAAUUUAUUUCCCCAGGAAACAAAAAAAAAAUGAUGUGUCUAAUUUGUUAAAGAAAAGUAUUCUGUGAUCAUAAAUGAAUAUGUAUUUUCUGAUACUGAUAUUGUUUGUAUGUACAUGUAUUAAUGUAGUUCUCAUAUAAGUGUAAAGGCUGUUUCAUAUUUAUUUCUUUUAGUGUGUUCAGAAGUACUCUAUCAUACAGAGAGGUUGAUUUUUGUAGGUUUUGAUUUAUUGUUAUCAUUUUUCCAUUAUCACUCUUUUAUGGUGUAUAUAUAUAUAUAUAUAUCUCAUUUUCCUUCAUCAUUGUUUUGAAUAUUUUUAUCAUUUUAGAAAAGUAAAUAUUGAUAGAAUUCUGUUGAAUUACAAAUGUUAUUCUCAUCACAAGUUCUUCCACCAGUAAUACUUCAUGUAUGAUGUAUAUACAAAUGACCUAACAUUUGUUCCUGGGACUAUAGCUCUUAAUUCUGGUAAGAGGUAUGAAUGGUACUCAUUGCGGAUAGGCAAGCAAUAUACUGUAAUACAUUCUUUUAUCAAGUGCAAAGCCCGAAACCCUAAAGUUUUGAUUUUCAUUGACAAACUUGGUCUAAUUUAGGACCUAAAUUCUAUGCAGAAGCGUUUUAGCAGACUCAGAUACAACUGAGCAUUUUGUGGGUAUGAAGACUUGAAAAAUACAUGGAAUUAAUUAAAAAUUUGGUCUGACAAUUGAUACCAACUUGAACGACAUUUGAAAUUGAAAUAGUCCUAGACAUGUUGCCACCUGCAAAGUGAGCACUGAUUCUAUUGAGAAGCAUGAUCUGGGGCAUGUUACGCAAGCAGUUACAUUCAAAUUCAUGGUUCCAUUUAAAUGCAACUUGAUUUUUAACCAAUUAGAAUCAUGCAUUUGUGACUUGUGUUUGAUUUUUUAUAUGCCCGCCCGGUGACGGGUCGGGACGUAUUGUAUCAUGCUCGGUGUCCGUCCGUUAACUUUUCCUUGUAAACGUGAUAACUUCAGUUUAACUUAAACUAGGCUCAUAGUAUUUUGUGUGUAUGAUACUAGCUUGGAUCCCAGGAAUUCUAUUGAUUUUGAGGUCUGAAGGUCAAAGGUGAAGUUGCUACCUUCCACUUUUCUUGCUUGACCAAUAACUACAUUUUCUGUGUUACAGGCGGGCGUAUUAUGUGCUCGCCUUAGCUACCCUCUUGUUUUUUUUAUUUGCGUAUAAAUGGAGAUCUUUCUUUAAAAACUUACCCAUGAAUAUGAGUGAUCUAGUGCAUCUUUCAAGAAACACUGAACAUCAGCAGCUGGAACACAAGUACAUUGACUGCUGCUAGGUCAGACAAGGUUUGAUGCUUGUCCAUCCCAUGCAGUCUGUGUUCAAAUCAAUGAGAUACAACCAAACUGGUGCACAGGACUAAACAUCUCCAAGCAAUCCACAAGUGCAUUUAACCCGACAACAUUGUGAAAACAAUCACUGUCAGUUAUACCAGGUGCUAUGAAAUAUAUAGCGAAUAUUUACACAGUGAGGGGUAGGAAUCUUGAACAUGGGUUUGGUUUUAAAAUAAAUUGAACUUGAAGUAGUAUUUAGUUUACUGGUCAAAGGCGAGCCAACAAGCUAGAUGUGGAAUACACAUUCAGGUUUGUAUGGUGAAUUGAUCAUGGCACUAUGUGAUAUACUAUGUCAUUAAAAAAAACCAUGGGAUGGAGGAACUUACGAGUGGUUUGUUUAAUAGUUACUUUCUUUAUCAUUGUGUAAUAUGACAAAUACCAAAGUGUCAGUGUACUCUGAAUGCUAAUACAAGUGUGUGUAUAUAUAACUAAAUUAUAUGAAAAAUAUCCAACGUCUUUGUUGUAAAACUAUACAUAUACCAUUUUGUUUGACGUGUGUUCAUAAUCAUGUGCAAGAAUUGAUUCACUGUAUAUUGAAAACUCAUUGCUGAUAGAUGUCUUGCUUUGUACAAUUGAUCUGUUUUUAUGGUAUGCCUUGAGUGUAAACCAAAGGCAACAUUGGAGUAUUUUGAAGGGGGGGGGGGGUGAUGUGAGGUCGAGAAAAACUUAUGGUGAUGUGAUAUUUUUCUCUGUUGAAAAGUCAAUGUACUGUAUAGUUCUUUGAUCACAACCCAACUCUCUUUUUCCAAUACUCCUCCCUUUUUCCUUACUUUUUGUCACUUGAGAGCUAUAAUAGAGAGGGCUUUGACCCCCCAAGUGGUGACCCCAAUGUAAAUGAAAAAAAAAGACCACUAGCCCACAAUUAAAAUUUAAUAGGCAAUAACAAAAAUAACAAAAAAAGUUCUUCGUAUUACAUGUAUUACUCUGAGUUUAGCACGAACUAAGAAUACCUGUGGUUGCAGAUUUUUUUUGGGGGGGUGGGGGAGAUUUGCAAAAACUUUGCUUACUUGACAAUGAACAAUUCUUUUUAUGGUAAUAAAACAAGAUUUUCAACAAGGAAAUGUUUCACAACCUUUUAUGCCAGAACUGCAAUUUUCUUUUUUUACAUGUCAAGCUUUGCUCACUUUGCAGCUCAGUGAGAUACCCCUAUCUGAAUAUUGGAUUGAUAAAAGUUAACUCAUCCAUUGUCAAAUCAGAGUUAUCUGGUCCCAAAGUUAAAAUUCACCAAACAUGAGAGCACAGGCCUAAAUUACUAGUUCAUGUAUACAGAACAGAAACUAUGCAAAAUCAGGUACAGCAUUACUACCCUUCAAAUGACAAUAAUGGCAUACACUUUUGUAGGUUUUUUUCUGGAAUGUGGUCAAUUUUAGGCGCCAAUUUUAAAUCAAUUAGCAUUAGUUCCAGCUGAUCAGUGAAUGCAUUGGCAUGAUUGGCAAAUUCAGAUUUUGUUGCUCAGGUAUUUAAUACCCAUUUUCAUUUUGUGCUAUUUUCCCCCAAGUGUAACAUUUCAAUUGCUUUAUGGGCAUUUUGACGGAUUGAAGUAGAAAAGUUUUUUUUUAAACCACCAAGGUAUCAUUGAAAAAAAUUGCCUGUCCCCUGUAGUGAUAUAUUUUUUCUGUAAGAAUUCAAUUACUGAAGUCUGGAAAGAAGCAUUUUCUAUUACUUUGGUAUCAUACAAAUUUUAUUGUCAUGUAGUAAGUAAUAUUAACAUUCAUGUGCUAUUUGAAAUUAUUAUACAUGUGCAGUACUAUAGUUGUGUCCUAAACUUUAAGUUUUAUUUUUCUAUUAUGUGUAUUCAAGGUAAUCAUUAAGAAUUGAUGGUGUUUUAACUUUUCAAAUAUAUUGUUUAGCAACAUUAUGUUAAGUGUGUACUAACUAUACCUAGUAAGUAUUAUGUUCAUAUACACAUACUUCAUCUGUUUUGUAUAUAGGUAGAAAUGUUAAGAUACAAAUAAUUAAGUUGUUGAACAUGUAUUUCAAUAUAUUCACUUGAAUAAAGUGCAUCAUGUAGUAUUUUAGUGUGAAACACCUAUUUCAAUUACACAUUUAAUUGAUCACUGGACAAUGAAUUCACUCGGCAAUGCAACCAUUUUCUCCGAUGUUAUUUAAUGGCCUCAUAUACAAUUGAACAAUUUGAACUUUUUAAAUGUAAUUUUAAUUUCAAUGACUUCAUGCCUAAACAGGCCACUUAUUAGCUAGACAUGGUAAUUGAGGGAGGAAUUUAUUUUACAGGGUAAUCAAGACAUUUUAGUUUCAAUAAAGAGAUGUAUAUUGGUGUAAAAA